AGCUGCUGUCUCACACAGGAAUUUUGCAUUUAUCUGAAUGAAUACAAACUAAAGUUGUUUUCUUUUUCCGAUGAAAAAAAGGGGUUAAAUUUUCAGUCUUCGUUGCUUUCUUCUUAUGCUGAAAGACAGACUCCCAUUUCUGGUUAUGUGUGUAGUGAUCAGAGAUGCUUCACAACUCUGGUGACCUCUGCUAUCUUGGGAUGUCCAAAACAAAACUCUGUGUCCUUCUGGGCUGCUUCUUUUUGUCUUCAGCGCUUGUUGGAGCACGAAGUUCCACAACUCACCCAGAUGAAGUGAGCGCAUUGCGAACCAUUAAGAGAAGUUUGAUUGAUCCCAAUAAAAAUUUGACCAGUUGGAAUCGUGGAGAUCCAUGCACAUCCAAUUGGAAUGGAGUUUUAUGCUUUAAUACAACCCUAGAUGAUGGCUAUCUGCAUGUCAGAGAAUUGGAACUACUGAACAUGAAUCUUUCAGGAACUUUAUCACCGGCACUUGGCCGCUUGUCUCGUCUGUUGAUAUUGGAUUUUAUGUGGAACAAAAUUAGUGGGAGUAUACCAAAAGAGAUUGGCAAUAUCACAACUUUGGAGCUCUUGGUCCUGAAUGGGAACCGAUUGACAGGUUCCUUGCCUGAUGAGCUUGGCUAUCUAUCGAAGCUAGACAGGAUUCAAAUUGACGAGAAUAACAUAUCCGGACCAAUACCUAAAUCAUUUGCAAACUUAAACAAAACCAAGCAUUUUUACAUGAAUAAUAAUUCAAUUAGUGGACAUAUCCCUCCGGAGCUCUCCAAAUUACCAAACCUUAAACACUUACUUCUUGACAAUAACAAUUUAUCGGGGUAUCUUCCACAGGAACUUGCCCAAAUGCCGAAUUUAGCCAUCCUUCAACUUGACAAUAACAACUUUGAUGGGGCUACUAUUCCAGGAUCAUUUGGAAACAUACCUACCUUAUUGAAGUUGAGUCUUAGGAACUGCAGCUUGCAAGGAUCAAUCCUUGACCUAAGUAGAAUACCCAACCUUGGUUAUCUGCUACUUGCAAAUAAUUCAUUGAAUGGCUCAAUUUCAUCCUCCCUUUGGCAGAACAAGACUCCAAAUGCAAUAGAGAGUACUCUUACACUGGAUUUGGAGAAUAAUUUGCUUGUUAAUAUUUCUGGCAGUUCUGACCUCCCUCCAAAUGUCACUCUCUGGCUUAAAGGGAAUGCUGCAGUAUGCUUGAAUGGAAGUUUAGUUCAGUUUUGUAGUUCUCAAACUAAGAAUGAAACUAGAAUAUGCACUACAGCAAACUCCCCCACUACUAAUUGUAAACCGCAGUCAUGCCCUUUUGAGUAUUCCCCAACAUCUCUUUUAGAUUGCUUUUGUGCUGAGCCUUUGCUUAUAGGAUAUCGUAUGCAAAGCCCUAGCAUUUCAGAUUUUAUUCCAUAUAAAAAAAAGUUUGAGGAAUUCCUAACUCAAAGUCUCCACUUGUCUAUUUAUCAACUCUACAUAUAUUCAUGUGCAUGGCAAGGACCACGACUGGGAAUGUAUUUAAAGCUCUAUCCUGUUUAUGGUCAUAAAUUCAAUAAAAGUGAAGUUCAACGAAUAAGGAGCUUGUUCAUUGGAUUGGGGUUCGAUAAUAGCAACACAUUUGGACCUUGUGAACUUAUAAACUUCACUUUAUCGGAUGUCUAUAAGGAUGAAUUCAACCCCUCUUUAUCAGUAGGCGUAAGUAAAGGUGCAUUGGUUGGCAUUAUACUGGGGACCUUUGUUGGUGCAGUUACUUUAUCUACAGUCAUUUCACUUAUUAUAUUUAGAAAACGCCUAAGGGCCUACCAUGUAGUUUCAAAACGACAUCGGGCAUCUAGAGCCUUAUUAAAAAUUGAUGGUGUCAAGAGUUUCACAUAUGGAGAAUUGGCCUUAGCAACAAACAAUUUUGAUCUCACCGCUCAAAUUGGGCGAGGUGGAUAUGGAAAUGUUUAUAGAGGCACUCUAGCUAAUGGCACGAUCGUGGCCAUAAAGCGUGCACAUGAGAGGUCAUUACAGGGUGAAAAGGAGUUUCUAACUGAAAUACAGUUGUUGUCAAGGUUACAUCAUCGAAACCUUGUUUCUUUGGUUGGUUAUUGUGAUGAAGAAGGUGAACAGAUGUUGGUGUAUGAAUAUAUGUCUAAUGGCACUCUACGAGAUCAUCUUUUAGGAAAGGUUAAAGAACCAUUGAGUUUUGCAAAGAGGUUGAGAAUUGCUCUUGGUUCAUCUAAAGGAAUCCUCUACUUACACACAGAAGUUGAUCCUCCUAUUUUUCAUCGGGAUAUUAAGACUAGCAACAUAUUAUUGGAUUCUAAAUUCGUUGCAAAGGUUGCCGACUUUGGACUUUCACGACUUGCUCCGAUGCCAGAUACUGAAGGUGCAGCACCUGCUUAUGUGUCUACUGUUGUAAAGGGAACUCCAGGCUACCUUGAUCCGGAGUAUUUCCUGACACAUAAGUUGACAGACAAGAGUGAUGUAUAUAGCCUUGGUGUUGUGUUUUUAGAGCUUUUGACAGGGAUGCAACCAAUUUCACAUGGCAAAAACCUUGUUCGAGAGGUUAACAUUGCUUAUCGAUCUGGUAUAAUAUUCUCGGUUAUUGAUGGAAGAAUGGGUUCAUAUCCUUCUGAAUGUGUGGAAAAGUUUGUGAGUUUGGCCAUGAAAUGUUGCCAAGAUGAGACAAAUUCGAGACCUUCGAUGACAGAGGUGGUCCAAACUCUGCAAACUAUCUGGCUGAUGAUGCCAGAGUACUUUGGCCCUUUGCCAGCAGAAUCCAUGGAAGGUGACUCAGAAAAGACAUCUAGUACUCCAGCUUCGUCAUCCUCUAUUGUAAACAAUUCGUACAUGUCCUCUGAUGUUUCUGGUAGUGACCUUGUUAGUGGAGUGAUUCCUACCAUCACACCUAAAUAAAACGACCACACGUCACAACCUACCCCUGCUCUGAUGAGUCUUUGACUAUUAUUAUAUACUUAUUGUUUUCCUCAUUUCUGUUAUUAUAUAGUCAGCCUUUUACACCAACAGGCUACAUCAUUUAUCAAUUAUGUAAUAUACCUAUUGCCGGCCC